AUGGGUGCAUCUCAGUCUACUAACCGAGCUGCAAAAUUUAGCGGAUCUAAGAGACGUGUCCAAAGUUGCAAUAGCGCCCCUCCCUCGGCUCCGACCGUACGGCGUCAACUUUCACAACGUAAUACAAAUCGGAAUGUGAAGGAGUUUUCGAAGUUCUGGUCAGAUGGUGGUUCGUUUCGUCCAAAAAGUGGUGGUCCUCGACGAAGUGAAUCGGUCAGGCGGGUUAACAGCGUACGGCGGACACGAACAAUGGCAGUGGAACAACCACCACCGACGGUGAUCACCCCUUUGUCGACACCGCACAUCACUCCACGGUCGCCGAGGAACUCCCAACAACUGCUCGAAUCCCAGCAGCUACCGUCCCGAUCGUUGUCGCAAUAUGGCGCCUAUGCUGUGUCACCUGCACGAUACGAACGCUUCGACGACGACAUCAUUUCCGAAUUUGGUAUCUCUGGAGUUCAAGCGAAUAGCACGCAACGACUACAACCAUUGCAGUUUCCACAUGAGACCGCCAUUUAUUGA